GUUACUGCAGGGGCUUGAUCAAAAGUGCCAGCAUGGGCAGAACGCGCGUUGGUUGAGCGGUUCGAGCUCCCUCGACGCAAAUACGUCUAUUCCUACAGAUUUGAUCUGCUGCAUCUAUUAUAAAGACUUUACCCCCUACGUGAGCUGCAUUUCCGCUGCCAAAGUCGCCGAGAGUUGUUGGCAUCAACGCACGGAGCAACACCAUGUCGCAUUGGCGCGCAGUUGUUGCGCUAGGCCCGCUGCUGCUGGCUGUUGCGCUGCUGCAUGGCGGACUGGCGCUGUUUACGGACGAGGAGGUACUGAUGUACCGCGAGCUGGACGAGCGCCUGUCCGGCCAGCCGCUGACGCAGUCGCUUCUCUCCGCCGCCGGACUGCUGGAGUCACAGCACGCCUUCGGCGGCGCCGCGGCUGCAGCCGACGGCAGUAGCAGUAGCCUCAGCAGCAGCAGUAGCAGUAGCAGGACGCUGCUGCAGGCCGCGGCGGCGACUACCGCCGCUACCGCGGGGGCGGCGGCGCUGCCGCCGCUGCCGGCCACGGCUGCGGAGCACUGCCAGGUCACCAUUGGCAACUGGUGCGGGCCCUUCUUCCAACAGAGCCCCACGCCGCGCCCGGCGCCGCCCCGCGGCAACAAGGACUGCCCGGCCACCCAGCACGGCCCCUGCAACGGCGUGGGGCAGUGCCAGUACGACUUCGGACUGUGCUACUGCCCGGCGGGCUGGGGCGGCCCCGACUGCAGCCAGCCCCGCAAGCGGCCGUGCUGGCGCAUGGGGGCGGACAAGCGAGACGAGGGCUGGCACAAGUACCCGGAGUGGAGCCACUCGCGCUGCGCGGGUGCGGCGGGGGAGGGGGCGGGGGAGAGGAGUGGAGCCACUCGCGCUGCGCGGGUGCGGCGGGGGAGGGAACGGGGGGGAGAGGAGUGGAGCCACUCGCGCUGCGCGGGUGCGGCGGGGGAGGGGGCGGGGGGGAGGGAGCAGGAGGGGGGAGGGUUGUAGGCGUACAAGCGAGACGAGGCGAUUGCACCACAAACUAGAGGAGUGCCGAGGGGGACGGAGAGACGGGGAGGGACUGUCUGCUCUAUUUCCAAAGAGGAGUAGAGCAAGAAGGGGAGGGGGAGGGGUGAGAGGGAGAGGGAGACGGACAACGACGGAGGCAGAUGCAGAGGCAAAGGCCAAGGCACAAGGAAUGGGUUUGCGUAGUGGACUUGAAAGAGGGGUCGG